GUGCCGGUGCCUGCCAUCUCCCGGUGGGGAGUACCUUGUGAGCCAUGGACCUGAACAGGCGGAUGCGGCAGAACAACAACCGCUUUGUGCUGACCAUCAGCAGCAUUUUGGAGCGGUAUAAUCAACCUUUUGAAGAUGACUUGCUCAUUUCCAUGGAAACCCUCACUUAUGAGACAGCUGAUGGACCAAAGCCAUGGGGGCAUGUGUCAACCAAGCAGCUUAAAGAAUGGAAGGAGGAAGCAUUUAAGGUAUCUGAUGAAGAAAAUGAUACCAGUAUGGCUGUUGUGAGCAGCAAGAAUGAAGCCACUUUCUCCCAGCAUCUGUUUGGACAUGAUGGGAAAAUUCCAGAGCUAGUCAAAGUGGAUCCAAUAGUGCAAGAUUAUGGCAGAAGAAUUCCGGAGUGGAUGACGGUAGCACCUCAAGCUUCGUCAAUAGAUCUUCCUUUGGCUUUGCCAGGACAAGAACUGAGUGGUACAAUUAAACCUGUUGAGUACAAGCAGGCUGCUGUUUGCAGAAGGGAAGAGCUGUCAGAUGAAUGCUCCUCUUCAAGAUCACUAGAGUUACAGCUUUCUAGUAUCCCCUUUUCACCAAAUGCAAUAACCAUACGCAGGCAUCCACCUUAUCCAGAGCUGCACACCUCCUGUGACAGCAGCUUAGAAGAGGAGCAGUCUGGAGCUGAGGAAGGCUCCUGGAGCAACCUCACUCUCGCAGACCUGUAUCCAGUGAUGGUGGAGAUCAUCAAAAGGCGCAUGACAAAGCACUCUCUGAAGAAACAGCUGAAAUACAUGUUUGGACACUUAAGAUGCAGAAGAUGGCGCUCUAGAACGUCAAGGCUCAACAUCACUGUAGACAAGAGAGGGUUCAGACCUUUGAGAACGAAGCAAGCCCUGCCUAGCAUAUGCAGCAGUAGAAGAGAAGACAUCCAGAAUAAAACUUUUGAAUGUGAGGACAGAGAACUUCCUGAUGGCAACUGUUCCAUUAAUGACUCCUCUGCUCUGGUCCCUUAUUCUUGUAGUGCUACAGAUGGAAACGAAGUGAACUACUGUGACUCAAGUUUGGAACAGCAUUUGGUAUUUGGAAAAGGCCAAAAUGCCUCCAAAGAGCCUCUUGAUAAUAUUGUUAGAAUGGGAGAGACCUUUCUAGUUGAAGAUAAGCUGCAGACUGCCUCACUAGAGGAUUCAAAAUGCAAACAAAGUGAAAACUUGGCUUACAAAGGUUCCUCAGAAGGCAGUUUUGUAGCAUCUGCUGCCAGUUCAGGGUCAGCAGAGGUGCAUUUGGUGAGCAAGAGUAACACUCAGCCUGCCUUGCCUUGUGAGGAUACCUCAGAGCUGUGUCCAUCCCCUGACAUUUCCUAUGGCGAUCGUAACACUUCUGCACGUCUCAUGAACUGUGAUCUCGCAAGAGCAUCAAACACUUUGCUUGUACAUCCCAGAACAGCCACUCCUGAAAGAAACAGUUCUUUCCAGCGCAGGAACUCCUUUUCCUCACUGCCUCUGAAGCAGAGACUCUCAGAGACUGCCCAGAAAUAUGAAGAUGCAUUUGAAAAGCUCUACAGUGAACUGUCUUCCAAAGAAAACCCAAAACUUUUGGCCUUGAUGAGACCUCAUUCGGAUUCACAGAACCCUGAAGAGAAAGGGAGAUUGGUGAAGAGCAAUUUCAGUGUUUCUGUGAAGUCUGACACAGAGUUUGAUAGAGCAUUUGACAGGGUCUAUGAGCAGCUGUGUGGUGGCCCUACCCCAAAACUGCCUGGGCUGCAGACAGCUUUGGCUUACAGGAGAUGCGAAGGAAUACCGAUGUCUGAAACUGUAAAUGCUCUUGUUAACUCCCCUGUUCGAGCUUCAUCUCAGCUCCUUGGAGUUAAAAGGCAAGGGAACUUUCAGUCUUACCAUUGCUCAACAGUAAAGCGACAGAGAGAUGUACCAGAAAGUUCUUGGCCUUCCCCAAAACGCCAGCAGGCUUCUCAGGGAAGAAACAUUCAUAUGAGAACAGUUGGCGUGGACUUUUUGAGCCCCCACAACAGCAGCAGCCCCAGCUUUUCCGCCAGUCCCACCGGUCAGAGCCAGGAUAAAACCAGCAUGGAGGUUUGGGAGAGCUCAAGAGUAUCCAGAAAAGUAAUCUACCUGGAUGGAGAAGACCAAAAGCCUGGCAAACCUUUGGACAACCUCCUGGUCAAAACUCACUGA